UACAUACUCAUUUUGGUACACCACCAAUAUUUCAGUUACUCUAAGACUUUCUCCAUUCAUAUAUUUUGUCCUAACCUCUCUUCCUCACUCCCUCAUUAAUGACAGAAAACAUGAGUAUAUCUGUGAAUGGGCAAUCUCAGGUCCCUCCUGGCUUUCGAUUUCACCCCACAGAAGAAGAGCUCUUGGAUUACUACUUGAGGAAGAAGGUCUCGUAUGAGAAGAUUGACUUAGAAGUGAUCCGAGAUGUUGAUCUUAAUAAGCUCGAACCAUGGGAUAUACAGGAGAGAUGCAAAAUAGGAACCGCCCCACAAAACGAUUGGUACUUCUUUAGCCACAAGGACAAGAAAUAUCCAGCCGGCACGCGCACCAAUCGAGCAACUGCUGCGGGAUUUUGGAAGGCUACUGGCCGUGACAAGGUGAUAUACGGCACUGGCAAGCGGGUUGGAAUGAGGAAGACUCUCGUGUUCUACAAAGGCCGAGCCCCACAUGGACAAAAAUCCGAUUGGAUUAUGCAUGAAUAUAGGCUGGACGAUAAUCCCAGUGAAACCAAUGUCUCCAAUGUUAUGGGAGAGGCAGCACAGGAAGAUGGCUGGGUGGUUUGCCGUAUCUUCAAGAAGAAAAAUCUCAACAAAACCCUAGACAGAGCUAUGAGUUCAUCACCCAUCACUGCAGAUACCAGGAACCAGACGUUAAGUUCUUGCAAUGAGGGCUCUCUAGAUCAAAUGCUUCAUUACAUGGGAAGUACUUGCAAAGAAGAAAAUGAAGCAGAUAAUAGUGCUAGAUAUCUUUGGCCUAUUGACACAGCAAUCAACCAUGUCCACCAUGAUAAUAGAUUCAUGGAACUUCCAAGCUUAGAGAGUCCAAACUCUACCAGUAGCCUAAACUUUUACCAAUCCAUGAUCACAGAAAAUGAAGGUUCAAUAACUAACCAGGUGAGUUACCCCUUAGACUCUGGCCUUAACAACUGGGUUGCCCUUGAUAGUCUAGUUGCUUCUCAAAUCAAUGGCCAGGCUGAAACCUCUAGGCAAUCAGCGUGCUUCCCCAAUGACCCCACCAUGACUUAUUGUACCCCUACUGAUCUUCAUCAUGAUCUCCAAUUCCCAACCCUACGAUCAUCAUUUUCGUUUCCAUCAAACAGAUCUUACCAUGAAACUCAAGAUUAUAACAGUGAAAUCGACCUCUGGAAUUUUUCCAGUAGAUCAUCGUCCGACCCACAAUGGCACUUGCCAAACACUAGUGUAUAGCAGAAUUACCCUACAAAUAAACAUUCUAUAGUUCCAAAAGACAGAAGAGUAUUAUGAUGACGGCAGUAGUUAAUUAUAUAUGUGUGUGUGAUAAUAAUGCAAGUAAUAUAUAGUAUAAGAGUUCUUAGAUGGGAUGGCAUUGUCAUCCAUUAUAUUUGCUUUAUCAAGAUGUCUGCCAUUUUUGAAUUUGUUUUUCUAGAAACCUAGCUGACUGUGGCUGUGGUGUAUAUGAUUAUACCUUUCUAACUGCGCAUUAAUAAUUCUAUCCUUUUAUUCUUCUCUU